AUGGAGAAUGUGGAGUCAAAUUUACUGGUUAUUUAUUUUGAGCAUGAUGUUAGUCAACCAGUAUAUGGGCCAGAUAUUGUUGAGGUUGAUUCUUCUUCUUCCGAUGAUGGAUAUGAGACCACUGAAGACGAACCUUACAAACACCCCCCACAUCUGGAUUCGAAUAUGAUAAAAGCAGUAGUGAUGAGGAAGUUAACGUACCAUUCAGCUGGAUAUGAUGGAGUUUCUGCAACACAAGAACAAAAGGAGAUGGCAGCGAGAAGCGACACUGCAUCAAGACAUAACUCAUCUGGUGUUGGUGGCUCUUCUAACCCAUCCUUUCAGACUCCUAUACAAUCUAGUCCAAAUUCGCAAUAUUCAGAUUUUGCCAACCCUCAUGGAUUAGAUGCUAUCGACCUCAAUGAUGAUAUUGAAGAUCGGAGGCAAGAUAGUAUUCAACACUGGCAUUGGAAAGAGGAUGAGAUGUUGAUCAGUGCAUGGUUAAAUGUUUCAACUGACCCUGUAGUUGGUACCGAUCAAAAGAGGAAAACAUUUUGGAGUCGAAUUCAUAGCUACUGUGUAGAAUUUUGCACCGACAUGACAAAGGGGGUGGUUGCAUGUAAGAAACUAUGGUAUAAGAUCAACAAGGCUGUUGCACAAUUUGUUGGUUGCUACGAUCAAGCUAGUCGAAACAUAAGGAGUGGUUCGAAUGCUGAUGAUAUAAAGGAGUUGGCUUAUAAACUUUAUUCCACAAAUUGUGGUCAAAAGUUCACUUUUGAGAGGCAUUGGAACAUGCUUCGGUUGGAGCAAAAAUGGAGAAGCCAACUACCUACACAGAGUGGCGGCUCAAAAAGAACCAAGGUUAGUGCAACUGGAGCAUACUCAUCCUCAUCAAACCCAGAAACACCGUUGGCUGACGAACCCGGUGUGGACUCUCCCGUUCGCCCACAAGGAUCAAAGAAGAGCAAGCGAAGAGGUAAGGGAAAAGCACAGAUGUCUGAAAAUUUUAGCGAAAGAAAAUCAUCGGUUGUCAAAAAAUUAUCUCUCAUGGAAGAUAUUAAGAAUGUUAGAGAAAAGGAACUAAUGGAAAGGGAAAAAGAAAGAGAAGAGGAGAAGGAACAUAGAGCAAAGAUGAUGGCAAUCAAAGAGAAGGAGAUACAAAUUCAAGCGGCAAUGCAAGAACAAGAAUUACAAACUCAGAGGUAUAUUAAAGAAAUGGAGAUAAAAGCAAAAGAAAGGAAAAUGGAUAUGCAAAUACUUAAUGCUGACAUGUCUACAACGAGUGAGAAACGACGAGCUCUUCAUGAGAUUGCAUGUGAAAAAAUAAUGGCCAAGUGGUUUACUUAA